CGCCGGCAGGCACACGCCGAGUGCUCUGGGAGCAGUCAUGGCAGAUGGUCCGGUGGCAGAGGUGCUGCUUCAGCGGCUGGAGGCGGCCGAUGGCGGCCUGGGCAGCGCAGAACUGGCGGCCGAGCUGGGCGUAGAGCACCAGACCGUGGUGGGCGCCGUGAAGAGCCUGCAGGCGCUGGGUGAGAUAAUCGAGGCUGAGCUGCGCUCCACCAAGCGCUGGGAGCUUACCGCUGAGGGCGAGGAGAUUGCCCGGGAGGGCAGCCAUGAGGCCCGGGUGUUUCGCAGCGUCCCCCCAGAGGGCCUGCCCCAGAGCGAGCUCAUGCGACUGCCCAGUGGCAAGGUGGGCUUCAGCAAGGCCAUGUCCAACAAGUGGAUCCGAGUGAACAAGAGUGCUGCUGACGGGCCCCGGGUGUUCAGGGUGGUGGAUAGCGUGGAGGAUGAGGUGCAGCGGCGGCUCCAGCUGGUCCAGGGUGGACAGGCCGAGAAGCUGGGAGAGAAGGAGAGGAGCGAGCUCAGGAAGAGAAAGCUGCUGACUGAAGUGACCCUGAAGACCUACUGGGUGAGCAAAGGCAGUGCCUUUAGCACCAGCAUCUCCAAGCAGGAAACAGAGCUGAGCCCAGAGAUGAUCUCCAGUGGCUCCUGGCAGGACCGGCCCUUCAAGCCCUACAAUUUCUCGGCCCAUGGCGUCCUGCCUGACAGCGGCCACCUGCACCCCCUGCUCAAGGUCCGCACCCAGUUCCGGCAGAUCUUCCUGGAGAUGGGGUUCACCGAGAUGCCGACCGACAAUUACAUUGAGAGCUCCUUCUGGAACUUUGACGCACUCUUCCAGCCCCAGCAGCACCCAGCACGGGACCAGCAUGACACCUUCUUCCUGCGAGAUCCAGCCCAGGCCCAGCAGCUCCCAAUGGACUACGUCCAUCGCGUCAAGCGGACCCACUCUCAGGGCGGCUACGGCUCACAAGGGUACAAGUACAACUGGAAACUGGACGAGGCUCGGAAAAACCUGCUGCGCACCCACACCACGUCGGCCAGCGCCCGCGCCCUCUACCGCCUGGCCCAGAAGAAGCCCUUCACAGCGGCCAAAUACUUCUCCAUUGACCGUGUGUUCCGGAAUGAAACCCUGGAUGCCACGCACCUGGCCGAGUUCCACCAGAUCGAGGGCGUCGUGGCUGACCACGGCCUCACACUAGGCCACCUCAUGGGCGUCCUGCGGGAGUUCUUCACCAAGCUGGGUAUCACCCAGCUGCGUUUCAAGCCGACCUACAACCCCUACACUGAGCCCAGCAUGGAAGUGUUCAGCUACCACCAAGGCCUGAAGAAGUGGGUGGAGGUUGGAAACUCCGGGAUCUUCCGCCCUGAGAUGCUGCUGCCCAUGGGGCUCCCCGAGAAUGUGUCAGUCAUUGCCUGGGGCCUCUCCCUUGAGCGCCCGACAAUGAUCAAAUAUGGCAUCAACAAUAUCCGGGAGCUGGUGGGCCACAAGGUGAACCUGCAGAUGGUGUACGACAGUCCCCUGUGCCGCCUAGACGCCGAGCGGGGGCCCCCGUCGACACAGGAGGCUGCAUGACACGAACCGCCCUGGAUAGGCCGCCUUCCCCAAGACCCUGCUUCCCUUUGCAUCCCUGCCAGUGACCCCCUUGUAUUUACGAGGCCUCUGUGAGGCCAGUCCUCCUGCCCCUGGUAUCUCCUCUUCCCCACUGGCCCCGGGGUCCCAGGGACAGGGGAGUGGGUAACAGGUUCAUUCUGUUGUCCACCUGUGAGGGUGGCCUUGGGGAGCCCUGCAGACCAGCUGCUGGCUAAUAAAGUGGGCACUUGCCCUCA